CCAUAUUUCCUUUUUCUUUUCCUUUUCUUCCAUAUAUAAAAGGUUUGGAAUGCUUCCUACCAUUAACAUCUUUCCUCUGUCAAGCCCUUUUCCCUUACUCUGCGCGUCUCUCAGUGGUGUGCUUUCGCCGCAUUGCCCUUCUCUUUCCGUAAGUUUGAGGACAUGGCCUACGAAGAACAGUUACAGCAAUCCUCAUAUUCAAAAUAUGAAUGCCUUUUGUUUGAUCUGGAUGAUACCCUUUAUCCAUACAGUUCCGGUCUGUCACUGGAAGUUACAAAGAGUAUCCAAGAAUACAUGACCCAGAAGCUUCACAUCAAAGAAAGCGAAGUCCCUGAGAUGUGUAUCUCCCUGUACAAGAACUAUGGAACGACGAUGGCUGGUCUCAGGGCUGUUGGCUACAAUUUUGACUAUGAUGACUUCCACGGUUUUGUUCAUGGGAGGUUACCAUACAACAUGUUGAAGCCUGACCCUGUGUUGAGGCAACUGCUACUCAGUGUUCCUCUCCGUAAAUUGAUUUUCACAAAUGCUGACAAGGCUCAUGCUGCUAGAGUGCUGAAGCGGCUUGGACUAGAGGAUUGCUUUGAUGGGAUCAUAUGCUUUGAGACCCUUAAUGAUCCAAAGCAGGGAAAUGAUUCUGUUAACAGUAGUACUGGCAAUAUAGAAAGGAAUGCUGCUUCUGGUAAUGCACCCGGGUGUGAUUCAGCGCUCCCAGUGACUCCUGUUGUUUGCAAGCCAUUUGAGCAGGCGUUCGAAGAAGUUUUCAAGAUUGCCAAAAUCAAUCCUCAGAAGACGCUGUUCUUCGAUGAUAGCUUCCGUAAUUUACAGACAGGGAAGCAGACGGGUCUCCACACUGUUUUGAUUGGCUCUUCUCAGCGGAUGAAAGGUGCUGAUCAUGCACUGGAAAGCAUCCACAACAUCCGUGAAGCCUUUCCGGAGCUGUGGGAAACUAAUGAGAGCUCUAAAGGCGUCACAUAUUCGAGGAAGGUUUCAAUAGAGACACCAGUUAGAGCUUAGCCCGAUUGGCGCAUUACUAAGUGCAGCCGUUAGUUAACCAGAAUGUAUUCUGAGACUUAAACAUCUCUGGUUAUUCAUAAUUUUCAAUCUGGUUGAACUCUUAGGCCCCAGUGGGGAUCAUUAGUUCAGUAUAAAAUUUGUAACCGGAAUCGCCUUAUGCCCUGCAGAAUACCUCUCACAGUCCAUACGUUUCUUGGGAACUUGUGUUGUCAAUUGAACUAGCAGAGGCUUUAAGGGCUUGUCAUUGUAUCUAAACCUGUGAAUUUUUCAAUCCUUUUUUUCACUUUCUGGUUUUCAA